UUGAAACAGAUUUAAAAGUCCAAACGCAGCAACAAAUACUGUUAAGGUUUAUAAAAAUGCGUUAAUAAAGAUAGUAACCGUUUUAUGUAAAAACAGUUGUCCGACCAGAAAGUUAUUAUCUUAUUACAACCUCUGUGUUAAAAAUGGGAUUCAAGAUAGCCAGAACCAAGACAUUAUAUAUAAUAAUCUUUUUUUUCGGAGCAUUAUUUCAGUUGAGCUUAUUAUGGUCGUUUCUAGGUAAACAAGUUAACCUGAAACGUAAAUCUAAAACUAAUUUUUGUUUUAGAAGAGCUCGUGAUUUGAAUCUUACUAAAAAUAUGCUGUAUUCAUGGGAAUGGCACACUAAUUCGCAUUUAAAAGAAAAAGAUAACGAUAAAUUUCACGUAGUGACUUAUUUUGCUAUGGUCGCAAGUAGUUUUAACAGACUAAACAUGCGCAUCAAUAAAUUGCAUAUACCCUCCCAAAUCCAAUAUGAAGAUAGACAACGUGAAAUUGAAAAUACAUUACAAAAUAACUUGAACAAUCCAUUAAUAACUAACGUGCACAUUAUAAUUUAUGAUCUUGGUGCUGCGCAACAUUUAGCAAAUCUGUCUUUAAAAAAUUCUUCAAAACUUGUUCUGCAUCUUACAUGUGAUGAUCCUUCUGUAGAAUCAACUUUCGAGUACAUUCAAAGGUGUUUAAUGAAUAAAACAAUUAUUAUCAUGCAUAUGGAUAUAUCUCUCGGGACAGGAUGGGAUUUAAUUAAAAAUUACGUUUUGAAAUUAAAGGUUAUGUAUGCCUUAACACGCCAUUCGAUUUCAAAUAGUACCUUUUGCGACGCUACAAAUUACGGAACAUGUGAUUUCAAUUCCACGUAUAGUGGCUCCCAUGAUGCUUUUGUAUUCCACAUGAAAAAAAAAUUUGAUGACAAUAUUAUGAACGAUUUAGAUCAGUUUAAACCAACAAACGAAGGAAGUGAAAAUGUUUUAAUUUGGCAUUUCAUAAAUACAAUGGGUUACAAAGUAUUAAAUCCAUGUCGAAAAGUGAUUAUUUAUCACAAUCAUUGCAUUCCCAUAAGAUCUAUAGAGCGAACUCGAGUAGAUAGAGCAAUACGUAAAACUGGAUUAGCUCCGUUUACUGAUCAGUUAUUUUGAAUACAGGUGAAGACAAUAUAAUAAUAGUCUAACCAAAAUUAAUAAAUUUAUUGUUUUUUUAUAAA